CUCACUAGGACUAUUGCUGCUCGCAAGCCCGUCGCACAGUUAACCAUGUCGGUCGGAUUUCUGGUCCUCGCGCUGGGCGCGCUUGUCGUGGCGACGGCGCAGCCCACGACGACUGGCACUCGCUUCGAGGGUUUCUCUUACGCGGGCAAUGUCAUUGGCUAUGUGAACAUGACGAUGGACUACUGCGACAUCAAGGCCGCCAUGGCUGCUGGCAACUUCACCGAGGCUCUGUCCAUCUACUCUACUGGCAAGAACUCGUUCUCUGGCCUGGCGCGCCGCACCUUCUUCCGCUUCGCCUCGUACAUCACCGCCAACGGCUCCGUGGAGCCGCUGCACGACUCCAUCCUGGCCGGCAAGGACACGUCCUCCCUGGACGCCGCCAUCCGGGCUGCCCUGGCCGACGGCAAGGCCACCCUGGCCGCCGGUCUGAUCCAGGUGGGCACGCUCAAGUACCACCUGCACGAGGUGGAUGAGGCCUACAACAAGAUCAAGACCUACCUGGCUGACGGCACCGGCAACCUCACCAACCUGGUUUCUGACGCCUCGGGCGCACCCCACAACGUGGAUGAGGCCUGGGCGCUGUGGGCCGGCGGCGCCGCCAACAACUGCGGCACCCUGUCCGGCUGGGCCUCCUCCCUGGGCGCCGCCAUGGGCACCACCUUCCUCGGCAAGAGCUAUGUCAACACCGCCAUGAUCAACACCGUCAAUGAGAUGCUGGCCGCCGCCCGCCUGUCUACCCUGAACAUCCAAGCCUACGACGCCGCGCGCACGAACGAGGUCCGACUGCUGACCCUGCUGGGCCUGCAGGGCGUGUCCGUGGCCGCGUACACCGCUGACGCCGCCGCCGCCUGCAAGCGCCCCGCCGCCGAGGUGGAGGAUGCCAAGACCAUGAUCGCCGUGCACUGGGCGUACCUGGAGCCUAUGCUCAAGCUGCGCAACUUCAAGGCCUCCGCCGUGACCGAGCUGCACCACCAGCUCACCGCCUCCAAGCUGAGCUACAAGAAGGUGGCCGCCGCGGUGAAGGGCGUGCUGUCGGCUAUGGGCCGCCGCUCCAGCGAGCUGGGUGCCCCGCAGUCCGCCAUCAUUGCCGCCAACUGGAAGUGCAGCUCCAAGACCCUGCGCAGCAUUGCGUAAUUGGGAACAUGAUGGCAUUGUGCUGGAAGAUUGGGACUAGACACGGACUAGUUAGAUAGGGCAACUCAGGCAAUAGGAAUCGUUCGGACCUUUCGGGAAGCGGUCAUGAGCACUGUUUGCGUGUACAUAUCAGUUGUGGAUGGAGAAGGUGGGUAAUGCCACGUUGCCGCCUUCCAGUGACUGCAACGCAGCUAUGCGUGAUUGCUAUGAGGACGGACGCAAUGCUCAUCAAUGCGGGUCAUGAUGAAAUUAAAUGGCCAAUGUGGGGGUAAGGUUCUUUCUAUGACCCCGGGUUGACGGGUUGUGUUUGUUUGCGGCACGUGAGGUCAGUGGUAACGCCACCCAGUGCCUGCCGCUUCAGCCUGUGAUCAGCUCAUAUGCACAAAGGCGGGAGGAGAGGAGCUGUAAUGUAAUACGGUUCCAUGCGACGCAGGAUCACAAGUUAACACGGAUCUUGACACGUUUUGUAUGCGGCUGCGUGCCGGCCGCAUUCAGCGUUCGUUUCGGUUUCCUGCACUCCGUUGGGCUUAGCAGUGUCCGUGCGGAAGUGGGGAAACGUGAGCGAAGGCCCGAGGUGCCCGCACGAGGUGCCCCACCCCACUGGGAAAUUAAUAAACAUACACAUGCAUGUACACGUGUCGAGCGUCUCUCACUGACGUCGCAGAGGCUAUGUGAACUCACGCUAAUAAUCCGCAACGGCCAAGGCUUGGCGUGGGUCUGGAUGACAAGGCUGCUGCCGGCCUUGGAAGCUGGCGACCGCGUCACGCCCCGGUAGUCCUACAAUACCGGUAGGGCCGGCCAUGGACACACGGACACGUGGGACGUGGGACGUGGGCACGUGGCUGCCAGUCAGCAGGAUCUUGGUCAAGAUGUGCCUCCAGCUGCACUGGAGUGCUCGCACCUGUAGUGCUCGCCGAGAGCAGUCGAUUGACAACAACCUGGCUAUGAAUCAAGGGGGUUUUGAGGCACUUUUAGGGUGUUAAUGGUGUGGGGGGUCGGUCGUCAAUCCGGAGGGGGGGAGCGGCAGGUUUUGGGGCAUGCGGCCUGAAGGUUUCGUUUCCUCGUUUGGAGGACUAGUGCCAUAGGUUUGUGAAUUGUGACUGUGGCGGCUCAAUGUAAGAACGUCCUAAGGCUGCAAGCAUAUCCUGCAACUACCCGUAAGAAGGGGCUUGGGGGCUCAGUUGGGGCUCAGGCUAUGUGAGGGACCAGGCCAGCUAGGGCCAGCAAGGCACGGCGGGAACGGGGAGCCGGCGGGAACGGGAAGGGCUCCACGACGGGGGCUCUGCUACGUAUCCCCUGUUCCUUUGCCGUAAUGGUUUUGUAACCUAUCCAACUU